CCAGUUUAGUUCUGCUUGGCAUCCGAACUGCGCGCUGCGCAGGGUCCAGGGAUGACGCGGUAAUCAUCCUCCAGCCAGCAGCGUUUCGAGUUCCGUCCGAUCGAACGGUUCGAUGAAUAUCGGGGAAAUGAUACGAUACAAUUCUGCUGCUGCGAUGUGCUCCACUGACCGAGGCGCUUGCUGUCAGAGAUCGCAUUGGUGUUAGUGCGGCCCGACGCUCGUUUCUAGGAAGCGUGCGGUUUAAUAAGCAAUCACUCACGUGCGCCGCUCAGCUGCCGCGUGUCAGAGUUUAAAUAAUGUGCUACUCCUGAAUAUCGAAUAGGAUUGAAAAGAAAUUGGAAUUAUACCGUGAGACAGACGCGUUGAAAUUAGAACCAAGGAUGACAGCUUAGUUAACGAAGUUGCAAAACACGUAGCUGGGCAUACGAAGUGAACGGACGGAACGCUACCGAUUGCAAAUACCACUCGCGCGCGGGGUAUAUCCCUCCGAGCGGAAAUCGCGGCAACGCUCGCGUGACGCGUUCGCGACUGCACUUUUUCUUUUUGCAAUGAUAUUUAAUCGGAGCACGGGAGAACCGAGCCGAUAAAAUUCGUUGAUAGAGCCGCUCGACGCGUUGCGGCCGCGGUGGAAACGCGGAAAGCAAACUCGUUUUCUAUACAUUCGAAUGCCCGAGCGAAACCGCGACGCGCCGCACUUGCCGCCAGUUAAAUGACACUUGUGAAAUCGACGCGCACAUUUUCUGUUUUCACCGCUCCGAGCGAGAGCCGCAAGAAAGGAGAGUCGUUGACGCGGACAUUCGUUCGGCUCGCUUUCGAGCAGUAGUUAUGAGAACACUUCCUGGAGACAAUACCGAUCGCAAAGUGUUUUCCAAUUGAAGGGGAAUUCGCGAAAACGCCUGCUAUCAUCUUUGAACGCGAUCAGCGUGCACCGGGUGAUCUUUACACAUUUAGACUCGCGAUCUUUAUAUCGGAGACCGACGAAGAGUCGUUUCUGGGAAGCUACGAGUUUACAAGCUACAAGUUGAAGUCACGCACAGCAGAUAUGAGCACGGGUAGUCGUCGGUACGUGGUCUAAGAAUAUCGCGGUGUGUGGAUCGUUGAACCAGGGCUUCCUUUCUUCUUUCCACGUGUCGAGGUGCCUGGGAGAAAUAAAUCAGAAACUUUCUCUGACGACGCUCGGCUCGACAGUGCUCCGUAAACGAUGUCGGGGGACACCACGUCUGACGACGAGGGAUCGCAGGAGGACCCGCCACGAUAUGACAUCGACGAUUUGGAAAUCAUCAAGACCAUCGGCACAGGCACUUUUGGCAGGGUGGUUCUCUGCAGGCAUCAUGAAACACCUCUCGCUCUAAAAAUCCUCUCCAUGGUGGACGUGAUCAGACUGAAGCAAGUCGAGCACUUGCGCAAUGAAGUCACAAUUCUGAAGGAAGUUAAGCAUCCUUUCAUUGUCAACAUGCUGUGGAGCGGCAGGGACGAGGCCAGGGUGUACAUGCUGCUGGAGUUCGUCGCCGGCGGAGAGCUCUUCUCCUACCUGAGGGCGGCCGGAAGAUUCGCCGGACCCACGAGUUGUUUCUACGCGGCCGAAAUAGUUUGCGCCCUGGAUUAUCUGCACAGCAAGCAUAUAGUUUACAGAGACCUCAAGCCAGAGAAUCUUCUCCUCGAUAGUCAGGGCCACCUCAAAAUCACCGAUUUCGGUUUUUCCAAGAAACUUACGGAUAGAACAUGGACUUUGUGUGGUACGCCAGAAUACUUGGCGCCGGAAAUAAUUCAAAGCAAAGGACACAAUAAAGCCGUAGACUGGUGGGCGUUAGGCGUUUUAAUUUACGAGAUGCUGGCGGGAUAUCCGCCGUUCUUCGACGACAACCCUUUCGGGAUCUACGAGAAGAUCCUGAGCGGUAGGAUAGAAUGGCCGAAGCACAUGGAUCCCAUCGCGAAGGAUCUGAUCAAGAAAUUAUUGAUCGCCGACCGUACCAAGAGAUUGGGAAACAUGAGGCAGGGCGCCGAGGACGUCAAGAGGCAUCGAUGGUUUAAGCUGGUCGAAUGGCCCUUGGUGCCGCAAAGAGCCUUGACACCUCCGAUAAGGCCACGAGUGAAAACGCCGGGCGACGCAAGCUGCUUCGACGAUUAUCCCGAAACCGACUGGCGUUCCCAACCACCCUUGCCGCCGGACCAACUAGCUCUGUUUCAAGAUUUUUGACAGUUAGUGUGACGAUGCCCCUUGAAUAGUCACAAAUAUUUUAAGCUCACAAGUUCACCAUGGCACCGCGCUAAAUAGAAGAACUCACUUUGUGGUAUAGAACAACCGUGAUCACGAUAUGUUGAUAAUAAUUAAAUUUCCAUUCUGUACAUAGGUAUAACUUUUUAUAUUUCGUUGCGUGUUACUUAUUUAUUUGUACGUGCUCUAAGCUAGAUAUUCCUUUUUGUUGUUUUCAUGAGAUUCUGUAAAUAAAGGUUGAACAGUUGAAA